AUGACCAAGGAUAGUGAACAGCCACCGCCACCUCCCUCUAACGAAUUUCACCCCACCCUUGGUGUUAACAACAUCAAGAAUGCCAUCCCUCUCCUCCUUGAUCAAGAAAAAGUGCAAUACUCUAAUUGGGUUGAACUUUUCGAAUGUCAUGCUCACGCUUUCAAUGUUUUGGAUCACAUUGAUCCCAAGACACCCAAGCCUACGGACAUCUCCGAUGCGUUGUGGAAGCGGCUUGACUCGGUGGUAAAGAACUGGAUUUACGGCACGAUCUCCUCGGAUCUGCUUGAAACAAUCCUCUGCAGGGGUGCCACAGCACAAGAUAUUUGGGAUAAACUCAAAGCUUUGUUUCAAGAUAACAAAAAUACUCGUGCUGUAUAUCUUGAAAACCAAUUCAACUCCUUGCAUCUCUCCAAUUUUCCAGACAUCUCUUCCUACUGUCGGCAAUUGAAGACCCUCAAGGAUCAGCUCGCCAAUGUCGAUCAACCCGUCUCCGAACUGAAACUGGUUAUCCGACUUGUCUCGGGACUCGUCAACACCGACUUUGACACCGUCGCCGCUAUGAUACAACAAACCGAACCCCUCCCCACCUUUGAGACAACCAGGUCUCGUUUGUUGCUCGAGUAA